AUGAGUACAAUCUUUCGGUUGACAUCUGUUAUUCUGUUGUGCAGCACUAUGACGUCAGAAGCACUUCCGGUUUCUUGCAUUGGCGGCGGAUGUAUGCCCGCACCAUUUUUCACGGGAAAUAAUUUUAAUGCUUUUCCGUGUAACGGUCAGGACUGUGGUAUACCAUGUCUUGGAUCAAACUGUCCGAUGUUAGUGAUGCCGCAAGACAUUGGUGGUAUUUUACCAUGUGUUGGACCAAACUGUUCUCCAUCAGUGCCAUGCAUCGGUUCAAAUUGUUUGUCACCACAGCCGUGUUUUGGAAACAACUGUAAUUUCCCUUGUAAUACACCGGACUGUUUACCAUUAGCUGUAGGCUGUGUGGGAACAAACUGCUUACCAAGCUCAUUUGAUUUUGGCGGCGGUUUCGGUGGCAUUGGCGGUGGCUUUGGUGGUGGAUUUUUCGGUAGUCCAUGCAUGGGUCCCAACUGCCAAAUGAUAAAUUCGCCCUGUUUUGGAGCAGACUGUAUGAAUUUACUACCUUGUUCUGGGCCAAACUGCUACAUGCAAAAUCAGUUUGAUCCGUGCUUUGGCGCAGGAUGUCCUCCGCUCUGUAUAGGUUCAAAUUGCCCGUUACCCUUAACACCUUUAAGAACUAACGCUUAUGGGCCUAUACCGGUGCAGAAUCCAAUUCCAGUGCCGUCCGGACCAGUGUCGGCACCGGCAUCACCACCAGUAGGAUUGACGGGGUCGGUGACACAAGCUUGCACUGGAAGUGCCUGUCCAAAUCAGGUUGUUAAAAUAACUGUUCCGAAAAAUAGUUGUGCCGGUUUCGAUUGUCUAAUCGACAUCUAUUGUCCAAACAGCUCAUGCACCAGAAAGUAA